UGGGGCACGAGGUGUGUGCAUGGGGUGUACAUGCAUGUUCACACGUUUGUGUGUGUGCACGCGUGUGUACACGUGUGCACGCGUUAUAUUUGGGGUUUGGUGACUGUGGGUGUGUGGUGUGUUCGGUUUGGGGAGAUUGUUGAGGGGAUGAGGGGGAGGGGAUGGGGUUUACAUAGGGUGUCGUGGGUGCGCACACGUGUGUGCGUGUGUCACGGUGCACACACGGGCCCUUCCUUGGUGCUGCCGGGAGAGGUCAGCAGAGCUGCAGGCACCGGGGGAGGGGAAAGGGGAGUGCGGGGGAUUGUGUGUGGCUGUGCAAGUGUGUGUGCGUCUGCAUAGAUGUGUGUGUGCACGUGUGUGUUUGCACAGGAGUGUGUGUGCAUGAGUGUACAUGUGUGUGCACAUAUAUGUGUGUGUGCACAUGUGUUUGUACAGGAGUGAGUGUGUGUAUGGGUGCCCAUGUGUGUGCACAUACAUGUGUGUGUGCACGUGUGUGUUUGCACAGGGGGUGUGUGCAUGUGUGUGUACAGGAGUGAGUGUGUGCAUGGGUGCACUUGUGUGUGCACAAACGUGUGUUUGCACAGGGGGUGUGUACACGUGUGUUUGCACAGGAGCGUGUGCAUGGAUGCACAUUGUGUGCACAUGCAUGUAUGUGUGUUCACAUGUGUGUUUGUACAGGAGUGUGUGUGUAUAGGUACAUACUUGUGUGCACAUAUAUGUGUGUGUUUGCACAGGGGGUGUGUGCACAUGUGUGUUUGUACAGGGUAAGUGUGUGUGCACAGACGUGUGUGCACAUGUGUGUUUGGACAGUUAUGUGUGUGCACAUGUCAGCUCGUGUGUGCACGUACAUGUCAGCCUGCGUGUGUGUGCACAGGGUGACUGUAUGUGUGUGUGUGCACGUGUGUUUGCACAGGGUCAGUGUGUGUGUGUGUGCACGUGUGUUUGCACAGGGUCAGUGUGUGCAUGGGUGCACAUGUGUGUGUGUCCACAGAUGUAUGUACGUGUGUGUGUGCCAGCCCAUGUGUGUGUACCCGUUGCUCUCACACGUGUGUGGGGGGUGUGUUCCCUUGCACAAGUGCAGGUGUGCACACAUGUGCACAGCUGCCUGUGUGCACACACACAUGUGUGUGUGUGCAGUGCCCAACACACCAGUGUCCCACACACCUGUGCUCCAUGCACACGUGUGUGCACCUCCCACGGGGAGCCACUGGGUGCCAUAAGGAGCCAUAAGGUGCCAUGGGGGUGACAUAAGGAACCACAGGGUGCCACAGACUGACAUGGAGUGCCAUGGCCACGGGGUCACAUAAGGACCCGUAGGGCAUCAUGGGGUGCCACAGGGGUGCCAUAGGGCGUCAUUGUCAUGAGGUGCCACAGAGUGCCACGGGGUGCCAUGGGGCGUCCGAGGGUGCCAUUGUGUCCCAUAGGGAGCCAUAGGAUGCCAUGGCCAAGGGAGCUGUGGCCAUAGGGUACCAGAGGGUCCCACAGGGAGCUGUGGCCAUAGGGUGCCAUAGGUUGCCGUGGCUAUAAGAUGCCAUUUCCAUAGGGGGUGUGUCCAUGAGCUCUUUAAGCAGGGGUGUCUGUAAGCCUGUCCAUAAUCCCCUUUGUCCAUAAGCUGCUGUGUCUAUAAGUGUCGGGGCCGAACGUGCGGGGCUGUAGUGUGUCCUUACCGUGUCGGUACCUGUCCAUCCCACCUGUGGUGACAGCCAUGUGGCCCACACUGCUGCUGCUGGUGGCCCUGGGUGUGCUGGCCCUGGGGCGGGUGGCCCACAAGCUGCUGGCCCCGUCCGGCAACCCCUUUGCCGGGCCACCCCUGGAGCCCCCCCGGCCGCUGGUGACGGACCAACGCGCCCGGGACAGGGUGCUGAAGCGGGGGUUCAGCCCCCAGCGGGUGCCAGAGCAGCUGGACGCCGUGGUCAUCGGCAGUGGCGUGGGGGGGCUGGCAGUGGCCGCCACCCUGGCCAAGGCGGGCCGGCGGGUGCUGGUGCUGGAGCAGCAUGACAAGGCCGGCGGGUGCUGCCACACCUUCCAGCAGCACGGCAUCGAGUUUGACGUCGGCAUCCACUAUGUGGGGCAGCUGCACGAGGGCAGCCUCCUGCGUGUGGCACUGGACCAGCUGACGGACGGGCAGCUCUGCUGGCAGCGCCUGCCCGACCCCUACGACGAGGUGACCCUGGGACCCCGGCGCUACCAGCUGCGCGCCGGCAAGGUGGCCUUUGUCACCGCGCUGGAGGAGCAGUUCCCCGCGGAGAAGGCGGCCAUCAGGGAGUUCAUGAAGAUCUCCAAGGUGGCCUCGCGGCACGUGGCACUGCUGGCCGUGCUGAAGCUGGUCCCACGCUGGGUGGCCACCCUCCUGCUCCGCUCUGGCCUCCUGUCCCUCCUGUCCCCCGUGUUCCGCCUGGCCGCCACCAGCCACAGCCAGGCUGUGGCCCAGCUCACCUCUGACCCCGACCUGCGCGCCCUGCUCGGCUACCUCUUCUAUGGAACGGCCCCAUGGGACUCCAGCUUCCUGGCCAACGUGCUGAUGGUUCACCACUACCAGCGGGGGGCCUGGUACCCGCGGGGGGGGGCCAGCGAGAUCGCCUUCCACGCCGUGCCCGUCAUCGAGCGCGCGGGGGGGGCCGUGCUGGUGCGCGCCCCCGUCACGCGCGUCCUCGUCAGCCCCGCCGGCACCGCCCUGGGGGUGGCGGUGCAGGUGGGGUCCAGUGAGGAGGAGCUGGAGAUCCGUGUGCCCCUUGUCAUCUCUGAUGCUGGAAUCUUCAACACCUUCGGCAAACUGCUGCCCCCCCAGAUCCGCAGCCACCCCGGUGUCCAGUCCCGCCUGGCCAUGGUGCGGCCGAGCAUGGGCUCCUUCCUGGUGUUCGUGGGGCUGCGGGGCAGCGCGGCCGAGCUGGGCCUGCCCCCCACCAACUUCUGGAUCUACCCCCACAACGACCUGGACACUAUGAUGACCCGCUACGCUGCCCUGAGCCGUGACGACGUCCCUGAAAACCUGGCCAUGAUGUUCAUCACCUUCCCCGCUGCCAAGGACCCCACCUACGAGCAGCGGCACCCAGGCCGGUCGUGCAUGACCAUCCUGACCAUGGCACGGUAUGAGUGGUUUGAGGAGUGGGCCGGGAGCCUCCCCAGGCACCGCAGCCCCGACUACCAGCAGUACAAGAUGUCCAUCGCCCAGCGGCUGCUGGAGAGGGCCCUGCUCCGCUUUCCACACCUGAGGGACAAGGUGGAGUUCGUGGAGGCGGCAUCACCGCUCACCAACCAGCACUACCUGGCGGCCCCGCACGGGGCAAUGUAUGGUGCCGAGCACGACCUGGGCCGCUUCUGCCCCACCGUGAUGGCCACCCUGAGAGCCGACACCCCCGUGAGGAACCUCUACCUGACAGGGCAGGACGUGUUCUCCUGCGGGCUGGCAGGGGCCGUGCACGGGGGGCUGCUCUGUGCCUCGGCUGUCCUGGGCCGCCUGCUCUACCUGGACCUUCUGCUCCUCAAGAGGAAGAUCAAGCGGCGCCAGGGCCGGCACACGGCGUGAGGGGGACACCGGCCAUGGGGACACCGGGUGUGGGGACACCUGUCCUAGGGAAUGGCUUUGGGCUGGGAGUUUGCUCCCAGCUCAGUAAACCCUGAUGUCCCACUG